AUGGAUUAAAGAUUGUAAAGGGGAUAAAUAAAGCCCAAAAGACCUUAUAAAAGAAAAAAUGUUUCAGAAAUCUCAUCAAGAGGAGUAACAAAGAAAACAAAAAGAAGAAAAGAUUCUGCAGCCUCCUUAUAAAUAGCCAAACAAAUUACAAAAAGGCCAUACAAUAAAAAAUAAAAAGAUCCAUAAUUUGCUGUCCCUCACAAAGGAAGGCCUAGUAGCGCAGCAUCAUAACAAGGAAUAAAAAAUUAAAAUAAUUUAAUUCAUAUAGAAGUGGGAACUACAUAGGUAAAAUAAAAUACUGCUAAGAACUCUCAAUUUAAUCCAAAAGGAUUAGUUAUAAUUGACAAACUUUCAGAAUUUGCAAAUAACUAUUUAUAAAACCCUCCAAGAAACGAAGAACCAAAAAAGAAAAAAAAAUUGAUAGAAGAAGCUGAGUGGGAUGUCUUAAAUGAUAGGAAAAAAAAGUAUUUUGAAAUUGUAAAUAAUUAUCCUUAUUUAAAGAGUUAGGAGGAAAAUUCUAAUAAAGAAAAAUAGAAGAAGUAAAAUGAAAUUAUUACAGAAAAUAAUUAGGAAGAAAUUUGUGCCAAAAAAAAUGAAGAAAAUAAAAAUUAAAUGGAUUUAGAAAAUGUGAGUAAAGCUAAAGAAGAAAAUAAUAAUAAAGCUAAAGAAGAAAAUAAUAAUAAAACUGAAGAUGAAAAUAAUAAUAAGGCUGAAAAAGAAGAAGAAAAAAAUAAUUUAAUUGAAGAGGAAAAUAAUAAUUAGGUUGAAGAAGAAAGUAAUCAUAAAGCUGAAUAGCAAAGUAUUUUGAGAACUGAUUAAAAAAAUCAUUCUAUGUCAUAGUAAUAAGAAAUAUAAGAAAGUAUAGAAAAAAGAAAUGAAAUCAAAUUAGAAAAUAGUUAAGAUUAAAUGAAAGAAGAACGAGUAGAAAAAAUUGAAGAAGUUGUUGAAUAAAAUGUAAAUAAUAAAGGUAAUUAAAUAGUUAUUGUAGAUGAUGAAGUAAAGGAAGAACCUAAAUAAGAGGAAUGUAAUUUAGAAUUACUAGAAGUAAAAGAAGAAGAAAAUAAAUAAAUUGAGUAGCUUUAAUCAGAUUAGAAUAAUAUGAAGAUAAAAGAAGUUCAAAAUUAAGAAAACAUUUUAGUUAUUGAAGAAAAAAUUGAAGAGAACUAAUAGGUAGAGCCAGUAUAAGCAAGCAAAUAAGAUCCCUUAUAGGAAAUGAAUAAGACAGCAAGUUCAACUUCAGAUCAAGAAUUUGAUUUAAUUUAAAAUCUUAUUAAAAAUAACAUAAAUGAUGUUUAAAAAGUAGCAGAAACAAAAAUAUCUAGCUUACUAGAAAACUAAGAAAACCUUUCAGAAAGUAUUAAGAAUGAAAGUUUUAUGGUUAAACUUUUUUAGACUAUGAAAAAUUUAGUUACUAGUUACAUUUAGUGCUUAGAUUAAAAAGAUCCAUCUUAUGAAGCUUAUAUAAAUAAGUUUUUUUAAUUUGUAUUUAAUCAAGCUAAAUAGGUUUUAGAAUAAAUAAACUGCAUUUUGCAGCUCAAGGAUGAAGAAAAAUUAAUUAUCGACAUACUUUAUCAUAGAUAUUAGUAAAAAUUGAAAGAAGUGUAAAUUUGA